CCUGUCAGUCGACCACGAAACAUUUCAGCUAAUAGUUUGCAAACUCCCCAAGAACCCAUCCAGAAUGUCUGAACAACCUGGCGAGGCCGUUCCUGCAGCCCAGAAGGGCAGUUGGGCAUCAUUUCUGAAAUCCCUUGCGGGGUUUACUGGCGAUCUAUCGUCCAUGACGGCCCCGCCGUUCAUUCUUUCCCCCACUUCGCUCACCGAAUUUCCGGCUUACUGGUGUGAACGCCCCGAGCUGUUUGCAAAGAUCGCGGACGGCAAGAGUGAGGAAGAACGUGCAUUGGCGGUUCUCAAAUGGUUCAUUAGUACCCUUAAGGGCCAAUAUACAUCACGGAACGAGUCCAUGGGAUCUGAAAAGAAACCCUUGAAUCCCGUUCUCGGCGAAUUAUUCUACGGAUACUGGCCCGACACUGCGGGGCGCGGCGGGAAGACCACCCUAGUUGUGGAGCAGGUUUCCCACCACCCUCCGAUCACUGCCUACCGUAUUGCCAAUGAGGCAAAGGGUGUCGUCCUCACCGGCCACAAUGCUCAGAAGACUAGUUUCAGCGGUGGAAGUAUUAUCGUCAAGCAGGUCGGCCAUGCCGUUCUGACCGUUAGGCUUCCGUCGGGUGACGUUGAGGAGUACCUGAUCACCCUUCCCCGCCUUCGCAUUGAUGGGCUAUGGUAUGGCUCGCCCUAUAUCGAACUCACCGAUACCAGUUACAUUCAGAGCUCUUCGGGCUGGUUGUCUCAGAUUGAGUACAAAGGAAAGGGCUAUUUCUCUGGAAAGUCCCAUUCGUUCAAAGCUACCGUGACACCGCCGCCCCACCUCCACCGCCAACCCCACGUGAUCGAAGGGACUUGGCACACAACAUCGCGGGACACUCGUAUUGGUGCUGUCUUCCACGACGUGACUGCCCCCAAAGAGGAAGUCACCGUCGCUCCCAUCACAGAGCAAGGCGAGUGGGAGAGCAGGCGGUUGUGGAGCGUGGUUGCAAAAGGCAUCAGAGAGGGUGAUUUCGAGACUGCAGCUAAAGAUAAGAGCAGGAUUGAGAAUGAGCAAAGACAAAGACGGCGGGAUGAGGGCGCAGCAGGAACGAAGUGGGAGCUUAAGCACUUCAGGCAUAUCGAAAAUUGUCCUGUGUAUGAGCGCCUUGGCAGAUUGUUCUCUGCUAAUCCACCCACGGAAGAUGGAUAUGUGUACCUGAACAACGGGCCUCACGCUUAAAUGUGCCGUUACUCUGUCCCAGAGAUAGAUAGACCCCUUAAGAUAGGUUUUGAAGACUGGGUGCACCUGUCCGUAUACAGUCCUCAAGGCCUCACCGGUGCUGGCUGAUUACUUCCCUUUCUCUACCACUUUUCCUUUUUUUGUACAACUCAUUUAAUAAUGGACAUGUGGACAGAAUGUGACACAUUCAUUCGAUGCUAAGGUCAAUACGCUCCUGCGAGGCUGGGCUCACAGCUGAGGCAAAGCUAUUGACCGUUAAAGAAACAGAGAAUGGGUCCAUGAUCGACAUCUGGCUGAAAUCUGUUCAGCGUUGUAUAAAGCCGUCAACGAGAAGGCGGUGGUUGAAUUCUUGUAAUACCG